AAGCAGCUUUCGGCUCGGCUAGAGAUGUGCUGACGCACCAGGCUAUGGAGGAUGAGGAUGGCAAGCCGGUGGUGAAGGAGAACAAGGAUCACCAGAUCCUGGACACGCUGGACACGGAGGGCACGUGCAUCUUCACGCGCACCCGGGGAGCUGUGACUGAAAAGGGCCUAUGGCACAGGUAUGUCCAUGUGUGGGUUCUCAACCUGCCCGACAGCGCCGUGCUUAUGCAGCUCCGGGCCCCCGAGAAGAAGCGCUUCGGGGGCAUGUGGAAUUGCACCUCAGGCUUUGUGAUGUCUGGGAUGCCAUCACUGGAGGCUUGCAAGAAGCACUUGGACACCGAGUCUGGUAUGAGAUUUGAUGACCACAUGUAUGAGUUUGUGUUCAGUUGCAAAGAGAUUUCUGUCUUCAAAGGUGAAGCAUUGAAGCAGUGGAUUGAUGUCUACGUGGUGUCCUUGAAACGGCCACCAGAGCUCCACAAGAUCUUCUACGACAUUAAGGAGGCCACCGAGCUGAAGUACGUAGGGAUCGGGGAACUGGAGCAGGCAUACCACGACCAGGAUCCGAACUUUGUGCUGGUGGCUGCACCUGACUAUUCGCGUAGGCUGUUCCACUUUUUGCACAAGAAGAUCCGGAAUUAUUUGGACAUGCUGCCGAAAAUAGACUCUGACGAGGAGCGGCACAACAAGAAGGGGCAACAGCUUCUGGACAGAAUCGGAGACGUGGCCUUGCUCCAGCAGCCGCAGGAUUUGGGAGUAAUCGUGGAACCCUGCAAGAGGAAUGAGGCCUACACCGAGAGUGUGUGGCAUAGAGCUGUCCAUGUCUGGGUUUUCGACGUUGAGACUGGGCGUCUUUUGCUCCAGCUGCGCUCGCCAAAGAAGCGGCAUUUUGGAGGGAAAUGGAACUGCUCGACGGGGCACAUCAAGAUGGGCGAUCCGGCCUUGCCGACGGCACUGAAAUCUGUGCAAGAUGAUGUUGGCCUGAAGGAUGUCAAAGAGAGUGAUUUCGAGUACAUGUUUCAGGCUUUGGUGGAGAUGGACACGGGGGGCGACUGCUUUCUGAAACAGGUGGUGGAUGUGUACCUGCUCGUUAUUCCCAACGAGGCGACCUAUCCCACGGUGCCCGACCUGGCGAGCUUGUCAUUGGCCAAGGGCGAGGUGGACGAAGUUGCAUACAUUGAGCUGGAGAGGUAUCCUGCUCUGUUAUGUCUAUGAUGUGUUUGAGCUGGAGAGUAUCCUGCUCUGUUAUGUCUAUGAUGUGUCCUUUCCUGUCACUGGCUCAUACCUUCUGAAUGACGCAAGGCUGCAAGAGAUAUGGAGCACCUCGUCACCCCACCCCGACUAUGUCGUCCCUCCUGGAGAGGACUACCGCUCCCGGUUUUUCUUCCACCUCAGGCAGAGGUACAAGAAGUACCAUGAGCUGGCCAUAGAUGGCCCCUCGACAGACGCCUGAUGCCUCAAGGUGCCCGCAGCUGAAGUCUCGGGCUGCGAUGGUCCUGAAAGCCUGGACCUGGCACAGUGGCAAAGAUCGGCCGAAAGGUUUCACCGUAGUCGAGCUUCAGCCCCACUGAAGCCAAGUCUCACCUUUGAAAGGCUCGCGUGCCUUGCAGACGUAAGGCUUGGAGAGUC